GUCAGUCAUAUAACGUCGGUGUUUCUGCAGGUGCUAGACGCGGUGGUGCAUUGGUGUAAUAAGAGUCUAAAAUAAAUAUUUAAAGAUGGCUUCAGCUACAGCUACCUAUGGACAGAAGGAGUCCUCAGAUCAGAACUUUGACUACAUGUUCAAGAUCCUCAUCAUUGGAAACAGCAGCGUGGGCAAGACCAGCUUUCUGUUCCGCUACGCUGACGACUCCUUCACGCCGGCCUUCGUCAGCACGGUGGGUAUCGACUUCAAGGUGAAGACAAUCUACAGGAACGACAAGAGGAUCAAGCUACAGAUCUGGGAUACGGCAGGGCAGGAGAGGUACAGGACUAUCACCACCGCUUACUACCGCGGAGCCAUGGGCUUCAUCCUCAUGUAUGACAUCACGAAUGAGGAGUCCUUUAACGCUGUGCAGGACUGGUCAACCCAGAUCAAGACGUACUCUUGGGACAACGCACAGGUCCUGCUGGUGGGAAACAAGUGUGACAUGGAGGACGAGAGGGUGGUGGCAGCAGACCGGGGUAGGCAGCUCUCUGAACACUUGGGGUUCGAGUUCUUUGAGGCCAGUGCCAAGGACAACAUCAAUGUGAAGCAGACGUUCGAGCGGUUGGUGGACAUCAUCUGCGAAAAGAUGUCUGAGAGCUUGGAYGCCGCCGACCCGGCCAUCACAGGGGCCAAACAAGGCCCCCAGCUUACCGAGCAGCCCGCAGCCCCCCAACAGGACUGUGCAUGCUAAAGCUUAACACCCCCCACAUCAACCCAUCCUCAGGUCCCCUCACCCUCACAACCCCCACUCACCCUUCUCCCCCCGAAUGAACCUAUCACUCCAUACGGGUGAAGUUCACUCUGUUUUUCCCAUGAUCCUCUUGUGCCCUCUGCACCCUUUACUCUGGUUGUCACUAGUUACCACAGACACAAAGUCAUAAUUAUGGCUAAACCUUAUUUCUACAAUGUAAAUUCUUCAAA